AUGAGGGUAAGGCGGAACAUCGAUAACCCUAACCUUGCUAAUACAUACAACCUGAGAGCUAGGAGGAUUACACAUCUCAACAGCCAAAAGUUCCCAAUUCUAAAUCUCAUACAGAUGAGUGCUGUCAAAGUUAAUCUAUACCAGGAUGCUCUUCUUUCACCAUUCUGGAACAUCAAUGCUCACAGCGUGGUGUACAUUACUCAAGGUUGUGCACGGGUUCAAGUUGUUAACAACAGAGGGAAAAUAGUUUUCAAUGGAGAGCUUCAUCGUGGACAGUUGCUAAUUAUACCACAAUACCAUGUAGUGCUGAAGAAGGCACAGAGAGAGGGAUGUGCAUAUAUUGCAUUUAAGACCAACCCUAACUCCAUGGUGAGCCACAUUGUAGGAAAGAGUUCCAUUUUCUGUGACCUCCCAAAUGAUGUUAUAGCAACUGCAUAUCGCAUCUCAAGAGAAGAGGCUAGGAGGCUCAAGAAUAACAGAGGAAAUGAGUUUGGUGCAUUCACUCCAAGUCACUCAUACAGGAGUUACCAAGAUGUAGUGUGGCGGUGGCGAUGGGGUCGGGAGGUGACGACGUGUGGUGACAGUGAUGGGGUGACUGCGAUGGGUCGAUGGAGAUGGGUGGACGGCGACGGCUCGUGGCUGCGGGUGGAGGACGAUGGCGAUGACGGACCCUAG